CAGGGUCUUGACCUUCGUGACAUUGCGCUAGUAAUCCAGUGGAAAUAUACCUCGUCACUUUGCACACUCUGGCAAUGCUUAGGGAGAGCAGCACAAGAUAUCUCCACAGAAGUGACUGGGAUUUAUCUAGUUGAGCCGCAGUACAUUGAUCAUCAGAAAGAGAAGACACAAGCGAGA